AUGGCGAGCAGACGCGAGUUGGACCUCCUUGCCAGGCAGGAAGACGACGCGGACAAAGACAGUCCCAACGAGCUCAUCGCUCGGUUUCUGAUCCGUGCUGCCCUGCGGGCAGCCAGCGGACAGAGGCAGCUGAGGCGCACGCUCGUCCUGGUCUGCGGGUACCCUCCCAAGGCCGCCGCCGUCGACUCGGCCUUUUCGCGCUUCAGCCAGAGAUCGGUAUGCUUGCACCCCUACUGCUGCUCCGAAAGCCCGGACUCUGUGGCCGAUCUCCUGGUGUCCAAGGGCUUCAAACCUUUAGGACUCGUUCCUUUCGCCGACUGUGCCGUGCACAUGUCUGACGUCAUGAACGCGAGACUUGGAGUUCCUCACAACGACCCGGCGACAUCUUCCUUCCGCCGGGACAAGUACCUGCAGCAGGAAGUGCUCCGGGCAGCGGGUCUACCUGCGCCCCUGCAGAUAGUUACUAGCGAUGCAGCGGCGGCAAAGGAAUUCGCCAUGGAACAUGGUAGAGUCGUUGUGAAGCCACGCAACGCUUCGGGUGGUGAUGGCGUGUGGCUUUGCGAUCUCCCAGAGGAUGUGGAAAAGUCCCUCGAACAGGAGCUUGGCAAGGCGCACCAGGAGUUGGGUACCAACACGGAGAUGGUCGUAGUGCAAGCGUUGCUGGGUGAGGAGUGGAUCGUGAAUACCGUGACGCGCGACGGCGUCCACAAGGUCUCCGACGUCUGGUACGGACCGGCCAAGUUCCUCAGCCCGGCCCCAGGCCCACGGCACUUCGUGUACAACGUCCAAUUCCUUGCGGGCGAGUCGCCCCGACUGCUGGAGGUUGUGCAGAUGGUCAAAGACUCACUGUCGGCUCUGGGACUGCGAAAUGGUGCAGCACACACGGAGCUGGUGUGGUUGGAUCGGCCCUAUCUCUACGAGGUGAAUGCCCGCUGUAGCGGUGGCUUGCCGAGGGUCCCCGAACCUCCGACGCAGUUGGACGUGCUGGCCAUGAGCCUCUGUGAUCCGGACAGCUUUCUAGCGCUUCCGGACGUCCCGCCGGAAUCCAUGACGAAUCGUGCUGCCGUGGUCUUCCUCAUCGCGCCUUUCGAUGGGUGGCUCACUGCCACUGGCCUGCGGCAGAUGAGCUGGCUCUCCACGUUCGCGCGCUUUGAGCGUGGCCUCACUGGAGCGAAAGCUCCUUUCAUGUCCAUCAAGGUGUCGAAGACCGUCGGUCUCUUUUCGUCGCCCGGCGCGCUGGUUUUGCACGGCGAUGGUCUGGACGUACAGCGGGAUGCACAGCUGCUGCGGCAGAUCGAAGAGACGGCCUACGCGACCUCCCGACCGGAGGAUGAUCUGGCACCUCCCCAGGCGGAAGAGCAAUGA